GCCACCGCUCCUCAUUUCAUUUUUCCCGCUCCCCUAACGCUCCUUUCCCCCCCCCACAAUCACAAUCCUUCCCUCCCUGCCAUUGUUAAAUUCCAAAACCCUAUCCCCACUUUCCUUCCCUAAUCCAUCCAUCGCCUCCUCUUCUUCACUUCUUCCUCUCUCAAAAAUGGUGGGCAUCUCCAGAUCUCCCAAGCCGACCCACUGCUGCUUCCAACGCUACCUCAAGCCCGGCGCCCUCGCCCGUCUCAGGGACUCCAAAAUCAGCGCCGCCAGAUCUCUCCGACCCAAGUCUCCUCCGCCCCGUCCCGAUUCUGAUCACAACUCCCCUCCACCAGUUCCCUCAUCCGACGGCGAUGGCGUCCCCUGCUUUUCGGCAAAGCUGUACGGCCCUCGAUCCCUAACCAGAAAGAAACUCGUCGCUGCUAGAUCUAUCCUACUAGCCGGCGGCUUGGUCCCUUCCGAUCUGGGUUUGGAACCGGCUAAUGGUGGCGCCGCCGAUAGUAUUAGUAACAGCAGUAGUAGCAGUAAUGGGUCUUUGAUUAGUGUGUUGAAUAGCGAAGUAGUUGUUGCUGCUCAUUGAUUGGAAGUAGAGAUUGGGGGAGUAGAGCAUUGAAUCCCUUUUCCUUGUAACUUUCAUUAUAAAUACAGUCUUCUUGUUAGCCCUCCUAGUAAAUGAUGCGCAAUAAAGGAUUUGAUUCUUCACAGUGAAAUUUCUAGGGUUUUGCCAUCUUGGAAAGGAAAAUUUUGCAUUUCUGAUUCUCCAUUUACUCAAAUCGUACCUAUUCCUUCUCGGCAAUUCGUUUGAGGGUUCAAUGAUCAGCGCAAUGGGGCAUCGUUUUUGCUUUAGAGAAUUGUGCUUCUGGAUCAACUCUCUGUUCAUGUGUAUCGAAUUUCAUACUGGUUUUACCUAUCCUGUAUCCAACAGUUGCUUGAACUUUACCUGUGUUGUACAUUAUUAGGGUUGCGGAAAGGCGGAAUCUUCAAUUGAAAGUGUUGUUUCUGGCCAAUCUUCUCAGUUUUUAUGUGCAGAAGUGGAAGAUAUUGCUAACCCUCCUCGCUGCAUAACUACGGCAUUAACUCUCUACUUAUUCAUUUACCCCUUUUGGUAUGAAGGUACUGUUAGCAUUGUUGGUAUGGUAUGAAGGUACUGUUAGCAUUGUUGGUAUGAUAUCCAUUUUGCUGUGCUUCAUUCAGUUGCAGGCUUGAUGGAUAAUUGAUUCAAACUGAUGAUUGAAUUACACUAAUCCCUUUAUUGCAUACCGGUGUAUAGCCAAGCAGGGAAACUGGCAUGUGUUUGUGGUGUUUGCAUAAGGGCAUUUCUCAGUAUUAAUGGGUGGAAAAUUUGAGCAGGUCAAGUAACCAUGUGCAUGAGAAUUAGAAGAGUAUGUUGUUUCUGAAACUUUGGCACUUCCCAAGUGUUGCAGGAGGGAAGUUAACUCUUCUCAACCAUGGGUGAUUGUGGUUAUGGUGAAAACGAUUUGCUAGCAGAUAGCAUCCAUUGUUUUAAGUCUGUGUUUGCUUUCAACAGUCAUGGUGAUGAAUGCGCAAAAUAAGCACAUUCAUGUUUCUCAUUUUCUUCUCCUCAUAUACUUAUCACGAAUCCUAUGUAUUGGUAACUCACAGUCUUUGUUAAUGAUGCUGCCUUUCUUUCUGCUUCUGACUCUUUGUUUCCUUGCUAUGCAAACUCAUUUAUCAAGCUAGUCAUUGCAGCUUCAAAGGGUAUUGCCUAAGCAUGUUGCUGACAGUUUCUUGCGGUUAAAGGAGAUCGGAGAGUGUAGAGCCUGCAGGACGAGAGGCAUCAAACCUCUUUUUCCGCAACUUCCUUCAGUCGUGAGGUAACUGCAGAGCCUUGAACAGUCUAGUCCCAUGGUUUAAUUGAUAGCCUCUAACUCGUUAGCACAUCACCUUCCAUGUUGCAUCUCUUAAUAGGAUAGAUGAUUACAAAUGUCAACAGGAAAACACUGGUGUCAAUCAUCAUCAUUGCAUGAUGACGAAUGCAGAAGUUGGAGGCAGUGACAGAUGAUAAAAUGACAAUAAAUACUACGCUUGUACCAUGCCGCAGUACUCUUGAGGAAUCAGACAGAGAUGGUUCAUGGAAUCUUACUCAUAAAGCGAAUGAGAAAACGAUUGUUUGGUGGUUUCUGUGAGAUGUGGCCAAGGGUUCGACGAGACGUUUGCUUGGGACAAUGGUUCAAAACCAGUCGCAGUUAGCAGAGGUUGAGACGGCAUUCAAUGAAUGAAUGUGCAGAGAAACAGAACCGAACGGGUGGCGGAUGGGUGGUGGUUCCUUGUUGCCAGCAGUCUCCACUUUGCUUAGUCUCAAUCGGGGGAUGUAUGAUGAAGGGAACCAAUCCAAGGAAAGAUGUAUUAGCGGUCGACAACACAGAACCAUGUGACUGAAAGUCGUGUCUUGUUUUUGUUUCGAUUCUCAACUUUAAAACGUCGUUAGUAUUUAACCUAGCCACCAAUUAACGUAAUCUUGUUUGCAGGUUCCAAAACUGCUUUGCGAGGAAGGCUGGACUAAAAGUUCUUGGAUCACAAAAGCGAAAUUAUGACUGUGGCCUCUUUUAACCAGCGACAUAUAUGUGUACGAAUAGACAUUGGUGUAUAUUUUGGUUUAGUCCCGCCGGCCGGCAAGGUGACCCACCUGCAGCAUUGUCCGCAUUCUAGUAGCCGUCAUCAUCCACCGCAUUUGGCCGUCGAAUCGGACAACACGUGUAUAGACAAAACCCGCCGCCCCACAACAACAAAUAAAGACAAUAUUCUUUG